GACAAUGACAGAUAAAAUUGACAUUUGACAAUUUUGACAUUGUCACGAUUGUUUUGCGAUGAAUUUUUUGGUAUAAACUAACUACAGUUACUGUAAAGAAAACUAAAAAUAUUAUGUCACUAGGUCAGCUGGAAAAUCAAAAUCCAAACGUAUAUAAAAAAAGUGAUGAGAGAACAGCCACCGUGAAUGAAGAAGAUGAUACAAUUGUUGACGAAUUUGAUCAAAGAGAAAUAUUUGAUUUGAUCCGAGAUAUCAACGAUCCAGAACAUCCAUUAUCAUUGGAACAAUUACAUGUCGUACAAGAGAAUCUGAUUAAAAUUGAUAAUGGAAAGAAUUCGUUGCUCAUCAAUUUUACGCCAACUAUUCCUCAUUGUAGUAUGGCCACUCUUAUAGGACUUUCUAUUAGAGUGAAAUUACUUCGUUGUUUACCAGCAAGAUUUAAAGUGAAAGUGGAAGUAACACCUGGAACUCACAACGCUGAACAUCAAGUUAAUAAACAGUUAGCAGAUAAAGAAAGAGUUGCAGCUGCUUUAGAAAACAAUCAUCUUAUUAAAGUUAUUAAUCAGUGUAUUGUAUCAAAAAGAAGAGCUUGAAAAUGAGCACUAACAACAUUUACCUAACAUCCCCAUGUAACAUGGCAACUGCUUACAGCAAAUGCGCUAGAUAUAUGAGAAAAAUCUUUAAAUUCAAUCAAAUGGACUUUGAGUUUGCUUUGUGGCAAAUGUUUUAUCUAUUUGCAAAUCCACAAAAACUGAUUAAGUUGUUCAGGGCAAGAAAAUUAGCCAAAUCACAGUAUGCAAGAGAUGAUCCAGCAUUUUUAGUUCUUUUUACAGGUGCUCUUAGUAUAACAUCUAUAGCUUUUUCUAUUGUACUAAGAUUAUCUUUUUUUCAAUUCCUCCAAUGUCUUUUGGUUGUUAUCUUUAUAGAUUGUAUUAUAUUUGGUAUGAUUGUCGCUACUUUAUUCUGGUACUUAACUAAUACUUUUCUGAAACCAAAAAGUAACCCUGAGGAUGUUGAAUGGGGGUUUUGUUUUGAUAUACAUUUAAAUGCUUUCUUUCCUCCUUUAAUAUUGCUUCAUUUUGUUCAGUUGUUUUUCUAUAAUGGAAUCAUUAGUCACGACUGGACGAUAUCUAUUGUUUUGGGUAACACCUUUUGGUUAUGCUCUUGUCUUUAUUAUUUUUACAUUACCUUUUUAGGUUACAACUCAUUACAGAUAUUGAAUAACACGAGAUAUUUCUUAUUGCCUGUACCGUGGAUUGUAUGCUUUUAUGUUAUUAGUUUGUUAAUGCAGUGGAAUAUAACUCAUAAUCUAAUGAACUUUUAUAGAGAUUUGUAUAAUCUUAAGUAAACUGUAAACUAUGUGUACAUAAUUAAUAUAUCAUUUAAAGUAAUAAUAAAUAUACUAAUUGAUGUACAAUAAAAUUAGUUUGCUAGUA